AUGCGGCGUGUUCGGCCGCGCACGGCAGCGAACGGGCGCUCUCCUGAGCCGUCGCCGGCGGCCGCUCCGUUGGCAUCUCAGCUGCUGGCCUCGCCGCUCCCGUCGCCGGCAGUCAGCCCGCGAAAAGUGCCCCAGCGCAAUGCGGGCGCGCCCCCAGGCGGCAAGGCGCCGGCGUCGGCUCGUGCCGCGGCCAGCAGCAUCAGCAAAAAGACCAAAGCGGCCGCCGUACCUGGCGGGGUCACGCGUCUGCGGGCCGCGCUGGUCGUGUUGGCGCUCGCCGGGCUGGCUGCGGUUGGGUGGUUACACACCCACCCACCAGACUCGACGGCCCUGCAGCUGCCGGGCGGGCUCCCCGCGACCGCCGCUGCACGCGCCUUUGAGGCGCUCUCGCUCUUGCAGGCGCGCGGCCGGCUCGCGCUGUGGGAGGCGUCGCAGCAGCUGCAGGGGCUGGCAGAGGCGGCGUGGGACGCGUACGAGUUGCGGCUGGCGCAGCUGCUGAGCAGCUACGGGGGCGGCGGCAGCAUUUUCACGGACCACGAUGCACAGCAUGGCAGUUUUGGCAGCAGCGGCGGCCAUUGGGACGCGUCUGAAAUCGUAGCGCUGCUGCCGGACGGCGCUGCGUGGCAGGAGGUGGCCGCAGACAUUGCAGAGCGCCUCAGGGGCGACGGCGCCGCCGCCGCCGCGGCGCCGGGCCGCAAGGGCACAGGGCUGCUGCUGCGCUGCGUGACUGCGGCCGGCUGCGCCGAGUCCGCGGCCGCCCUGGGGGAGCUCAGCGGCCCGCCCCCCGGCUGCACGCUGCAGCUGGACGGCGCCGCUUUCGGGGGCAGCGCUGCCGGCUCGCCCGCGGCGGCGCUGCAGGCGGCGCUCGCGCCGUUCCUGCGCCGCUGCCCCGCCGGGCUCGUCGUGCUGCGCGACGCGCAGCUGCUGUCGCUGGACGCGCUGCCCGCGCUGCACAGCGCGCUGUCGGAGCUCGGCGGCUUCCAGCACGGCGGCGCCGUCGACGCGUCGCGCGCGGCGUACGCCCUGCUGUACCGCGGGGGCGGCGCGGCGGCCGCGCGGCAUGCGGCGCGCAUGGAGCCCGCCGAGGCGGCGGCGGCGCUCAAGGCCGAGUUUUUCGAGGGCCUCCUCGGGGCCGAGCUGGCGCGGGCCGCGGACGCGGAGCGCGCGUCCUCGGUCCUCGCGCCCAUGCUGCGCGCGCUGCGGCGGCGCGUGGACUUUGCGGCGCCGCUGCGGCUCGGCGCGGGAGAGGCGGCGGAGGCCGAGGGUUAUGCAGCGGCGGCGGCGGAGGCCGAGGGUCAUCCAGCAGCGGCAGCGGCGGCGGCGGAGGCCGAGGGUCAUGCAGCGGCGGCGGCGGCGGCGGCAGAGGACGAGGGAGUGGGUGAGGGCGAGCCUUACUUCGGGACGCCGUUUGACGAUGCGAAAGUCAACGCCGAGGUGCAGGGUGCGGGAGCUGCAGGCGAGGUAGGGGCAGAGGCGGAUGAGGACGCGGCGGAGGGUAACGCAGCCGAGGACAACAAGCCAGAGGCCGGGCAUUUGAAUACAGACGCAGAAUGGGCGGCAGGGGUGGAGGAAGAAGCGGAGGCGGGUGCGGCACAGGGGGCCGGCGCGGGGGAUGCGGACGUUGAGGCAGAUGCGGGCGACAGAGAGGACGCAGUCGACGAGGACAACGCGCGCGCCGAGGCGGUCGCAGGCGGCGAGGCGGACGAGGCUAGCGAUGCGGGCUCAGGUGGAGAAGCAGGCAAGGAGGCAGAGGGAGUGUUGGAGGAGGUCGCGGGCAACAGGGCGGCAACCAGCCAUGAGCGCGUUGCAGAUAUGUCUGGGCAGCAGCAGACAGGGGUGCAUUCGCAGGAUGGGGCUGUCGAGGCGGCAGCCGCUGCCUGA